AUGAGUCUCUGGGUUGAUAAAUAUAGACCUAAAUCACUUGAAGAGCUUACAUAUCAUUCAGAGCUAACAAAUCGACUUAAAAUUUUGGCUUCUUCAGAUUUUCCUCACUUGCUUAUAUAUGGUCCCUCGGGAGCAGGCAAAAAGACGCGUAUUUCUUGCCUAUUAGAAGAGUUAUAUGGUCAAGGUGUUCGAAAGCUUAAAACUGAUGUACAAACUUUUACCACGCCUUCUCGGAAACUUGAUAUAACUGUUGUUUCGAGCAAAUAUCAUCUUGAGAUAACCCCUAACGAGGUUGGUUAUUCUGACCGAGUAGUUAUUCAAGAAUUUUUAAAAGAUGUAGCUCAAACAAAACAAGUUGAUUUGUCCAUCAAACACGACUUCAAAGUGGUUAUUAUACAUGAAGCUGAUUCACUUUCACGUGAAUCUCAGGCUGCGCUACGUAGAACCAUGGAAUUGUAUAUGUCAAACGUGAGGCUCAUUUUGUGUUGUAAAUCUCCAAGUAAAAUUAUUGAUCCAAUUCGGAGUAGAUGUUUAUUGAUCAGAGUACCCGCUCCUACAAACGACGAGAUAAUCGAAAUUCUUUCGGAUAUCGCGAAAAAAGAAAAUAUCAAAUUACCUUUAAAGGUUGCAAAGCUUAUCGCAGAUCAAUCCAAUCGAGAUCUGAGGAAAGCUAUUUUAUCUUUUGAAUCUUUAUACAUGGAGUACGACGAUUUGAAAGAGAAUAUUCGUUACAAAUUUACGGAUUGGGAAGAAAUUAUUAACGAUAUUGCCAAUAAAAUAUGCCUUCAACAUAGCCCUGAAGAAAGAGCUGGUAACAAUGUCAAAUGCGAAAUUCUUGAAAAAGCGGCUGAAUUUGAGCAUCGAAGUGUGAUUGGAUCGAAAGCAAUUAUCCAUAUUGAAGCUUUUGUGAUUAAUGCAAUGUAUAUUAUUGGACGUCAUAAAGAAGGGCUCAAUCAGAAUAGUAUGGAUAUUGAUUAG